GAGGCAGUUUGACCAUGUUGGUGCGACGGUGUGACCAGCCAGUUACUGCAACUGCAGACUCUGCUCAUGACUGUUUUUUGGUCUCCGAGAGCCUUCUAAUAAAUGUCAAUGAGCUAGCUGACCUGGUCAGAGAUGACUUUGGACUCCAUAAAAUUAUCGUGGCUUUUACCUCUGUUGGCAAGAUUUAUGGCAUUGACAACUUAAGUCAUGAAAUAAUAUGGCAGAGUACUCUGAAGGAUGUGAUACCAUUCAACAACAUCGGGAAAGCACAUGUACCAUUCUUCAUACAACGCACCACCACACAUUUCCCAAAUCCUGCUCAAACUACAGUUCUAUACAGGCACAAGGACACGAAAGAGACUGUAAUGUACAGAUUCAAUCCAAUGAACGGAAAGUCACCAGAUGGUGAUUGUCUGAGGUUGGGCUUCAAGCUGGCACAAGCGAUUCUCUUGCCUAAUGCUGAUGACACUUUCCUCAAGGGUCUGUUACUGCUGGAUACUGCGGGCAAGUUGCACAUCUUCCCCGAGUCUUGCAGGAAGGCAGCUAUACAAGCAGCCUCAUCUACGUACCUCUACACUGCCGACACGCAGACUGGUCAGCUCACAGGCUACUCUCUGUCGUACAGCUCAGCCCAGGAGCUGAUUGCAGUUCCCCUAUGGGAGGUGAAAUUGUCCCAGAAGAUUACCGCUAUCGUAGCCAAGAGCCCGCUGGAGAAGGUACACUCACAGGGCCGAGUGCUGGGUGACCGCAGCGUACUGUACAAGUACAACAACCCCAACCUGGUGGCAGUGCUCACACAGGCACCUGACCCCUUGUACAAAAAUGUGCUGAGUGUGUACCUGAUUGACGUGGUGAGUGGGUCAGUUGUGUUCUCGGCGGUUCACAAGCGCAGUCUGGAACCUAUCCAUUUAGUCCACUCUGAGAACUGGGUCAUCUACAGUUAUUUCAGUGACAAGAGCCGUCGCACAGAGAUCACAACUCUGGACCUGUACGAGGGGAAGACACAGAGUAACACAACAGCAUUCUCAUCAGUGUGGAAUCCUAUUCAACCAAUGGUAGAGAGACAAUCCUAUAUUCUACCAGCUUCAGUGGAGAUGAUGAAAGAAACAAUAACAGAGAAGGGAAUUACCAGCAAACAUAUACUAGUUGCCUUGGACAAUGGAGGAGUUCUUGAGUUACCUUGGGUUUUACUGGAUCCUCGACGUCCCCUUGCCGCCACUCCAGAUCUGCGUGAGGAGGCUGUCAUUCCCUACGUACCUGAGCUGCCCACUUUGCCUGAGGCCAUCAUCAACUACAAUCAGACUCUGCUACGAGUGUCUGGAAUUCACACCUCUCCCAGUGGCCUUGAGUCCACCUGUCUUGUCACAGUCUACGGGCUUGAUUUAUUUUACACCCGUGUAGCUCCUUCAAAAACAUUUGACAUGUUGAAAGAAGACUUCGACUAUAUCUUGAUAACUGCUGUGCUGGUGGGCCUGACAGUCUCUGCCUUCAUGACUAAGAGGUUAGCAGCAAGAAAAGCUCUGAAACAGGCGUGGAAGUGAACUCAAGAACUGCCAAAGAACUAAAAUCGUUAUUGUUGUUUAUGUGUGUUUUUUUUUUUUUUUUUAGGAAAUUUACAGAUUAGUAAAUUUGUCUUGUAAUUUGCACUGUAAGAUUUUAUUUAGGUGUGUAAGUUAAUUUGUGUCAAAGACCGAAGUAAACUAUCUUUACAUAUUUUAUGUGCAGAUUAAAUAUUUAUUAUAAAACUGAACAAA